CGCGCUGCGCUCGGACACAGCCCGUGCGCCGUGCACUUGGACCACGGGCGCGCUCGAUGAAUCCGGACGCACAUUUUGGAUAGAGACCUCUCGGUGCACAGCUCAGAUUCGUUAGUGUAGCAGGAGGAGGAAGAAGAAGAAAAAAAAAAUAGUGCGUGCGUGCGUCUGUCUGUGUGCGUGCGCGUGUCGCUGACAGACUGAGAGAGUUCAACUCACUACAGCGCCGCCAAUGAGCAGUGAGAGAGACCUGCGCAUAUCGUCAGCAGCCGCUUCUCCAGCCUCGAGCUGGAAUUCGUCAGAUCUGAGAUCACAGGAGGAUUUUUCUUUUCUUUUUUUGGGGGGGGGGCUUUCUUCUUCUUCGUCUUCCUUUCGUCCCCGUCGUUUUCAGUCCGGCUAGACAAAAAGAAAAAGAUAUUCGCAAAAAAGUUUGAGGACAUAGGCAGAGGAACACAGAAUACACCGCGACUCGUCGGUACAGUCAGUGAGAGGUCCUCGUGUUGCAACUAUGUGCGGACGGAGCAAGACGGCCUUCCUGCGUCUGUGGGCUUGCUUGCUUGUUGCCACCGGCGUGCUUAGUGGGAAAAGCUCUGGGCAGAACGGCAUGACAGAUGAACAGAAAGAUAACACUACAGUGUUCACCAAGAUCUUAGACAGCCUUCUGGAUGGCUACGACAAUCGCCUCAGGCCAGGACUAGGAGAGCGUGUAACUGAAGUCAAGACUGACAUUUUCGUGACUAGUAUUGGGCCAGUUUCGGACCACGACAUGGAGUACACCAUUGACGUCUUCUUCAGACAGAGCUGGAAGGACGAGAGACUAAAGUUCAAAGGCCCCAUGGCCGUGCUGCGUCUCAACAACCUGAUGGCCAGCAAGAUCUGGACCCCCGACACCUUCUUCCACAACGGCAAGAAGUCGGUGGCACACAACAUGACCAUGCCAAACAAGCUGCUGCGGAUCACAGAGGAGGGCACGCUGCUGUACACCAUGAGGCUGACAGUAAGAGCCGAAUGCCCCAUGCACCUGGAAGACUUCCCUAUGGACGCCCAUGCUUGUCCACUGAAGUUCGGCAGCUAUGCCUACACUCGUGCAGAGGUGGUGUACGUGUGGACCAGGGGAGCUGCCCAGUCCGUGGUGGUGGCAGAGGACGGGUCCAGAUUGAACCAGUAUGAUCUGAUGGGACAGAGUGUGGAUUCUGGCGUGGUGCAGUCCAGCACAGGAGAAUAUGUCGUGAUGACAACCCAUUUCCACCUGAAGAGGAAAAUUGGUUACUUUGUGAUCCAAACAUAUCUACCCUGCAUCAUGACUGUCAUCCUCUCCCAAGUGUCUUUCUGGCUCAACAGAGAGUCCGUCCCUGCCAGGACUGUCUUUGGAGUGACCACCGUGCUGACCAUGACCACACUCAGUAUCAGUGCCAGGAACUCACUCCCUAAAGUGGCCUACGCCACAGCUAUGGAUUGGUUCAUCGCCGUCUGCUAUGCAUUUGUGUUUUCGGCCCUCAUCGAGUUCGCCACAGUCAACUACUUCACCAAGAGGGGUUACGCCUGGGAUGGAAAAAGUGUGGUACCAGAGAAGCAAAAGAAGAAGAAGGAGUCCCUCCUCAAGAAGAACAACACUACAGCCUACCCAGCUGCCACUGCUACAGCCUUCGCGCCCAAUAUUGCCAGGGACCCUGGAUUGGCCACUAUUGCCAAAAGUGCACCCCCACCCCCGUCUGAGCCCAAGGAGGAGCCCAAGCCCAAGCCCCCAGAGGCCAAGAAAACCUUUAACAGUGUGAGCAAGAUAGACAGGAUUGCCAGAAUAGCCUUCCCCCUGCUCUUUGGAACCUUUAACUUGGUCUACUGGGCAACCUACUUGAAUAAGAAGCCCAAACUGCAGGGGAUGAAUCCACACUAAUCCAUGUUUCAUUCCUUUUAAAUUAUAUCUGUAAUUAUUUCAGUUUCUUUCUUAUUCCUCCUAAAAAAAAAAAAAAGGUUUAUUUUCAGACAAACAUGGUGUCCAUGCUGGUUUGAAUUCCCAGUUGUCGCAUUGCUUCUAUGUUUACCUAAAUUUUGAAGAUUUUGAAAAAAUUAAAUAGAGGGGGAAAAAAAGAAUGAUGACCAUACUGACUUUUGAACGGGUGUUGUUUAGCUCUGGGACGAUGCUACUAAGAAAAUACUAAUAUAAAUAUAUAGCCAAGAGAAUGCUAUUCUACAACUGCACAUAACCCAAACCUGUUGAGGGGCUUUUGUUUCUCUGUUUUCUUUUUUAGUUUUUUUCUGUUUAAUUCAAACACGGUAUCACAGACACGGGAAGACGCACUUGUGUAUAUGCAUGGGCAAGGCAUCGUAUUAUUUAUGUUCAAACUUUAUUUAAAAUAGAUCAACAUUGACUGAUGGCUAAGUUAAUUUGAUAUCAGCAGCAAAAUGCUACGCUCAGUCUCUGUCAAAGAUAUCUUCCAUUCUCUAUAGAUGUUUUGUGAGAUUAAUUGAUUCAUUCUUCAAUUACGUUAGGGUUUCCGCAAUAGCAAUAAAAACAUGUCUCAGUGGACACACCAUUUAUUUAGGGAUCAAAAAAAAUACAAGAUGCCAACCAUCUCUGUGCUCAGCAUUGAAAAUAUUAAUUUCCUUUCACAUCAUUGUAAAUAUAAUGUGUUUUAAAGAGAUGUCAAUAUUAUGUUAAAGCUUUGCAAAAUGUAUCUAAAGGGUAUGUUUAUUGAAUACAUGGGAAAGUAAACUUUUUUUAUUUAAUUUAUUUGUUUUUUGUUGAUGAUACUUUCGAAAAAAACAAGUAUAUACUGGUCUAAUUCACGCUUCAGUGACUGUUUCUCACCAAAUUAGCGUUCCAUUCAAAGCUGCUUUCACAAUGACGUGAAAUAUCGUUCAACUGUGUGUUUGUGUAUACACUGAUGGCAACAACAGCAACAACGGUGUCAAAUGAGAUCGACUAGUUACGAGUAAGAAUGUAAAAAAGAAAGAAAAAGAAUCAUCUAACAUCCUGGAGUGCAUUUUACAUUUAGAUUUAAAAACACUUAUUAUUGACUUAUUUUUCUUUGUUUUUUUUGAGCUUUUGAACAUUAAAGGUGGGGCCUCCUUUUGCCAAAACGCUGUUAAUAGCAAAGUAGAGUUAGCAUCACUAAACGACGGGUGGGGCACACUUUGACGGAGGAGAUGUGCCUUUCCCCAAAUCAAAGUGUGAUGGCUAUUACUCUGUCGAUGGAAGGCGCAUCUGUAUUUUCCAUCCCACUGUGUUUCCCCCGACUGUGUCUCCCUUCAGCUGAAAAUUGAAACACAACACUCAGAAAGUACCAGCUACACUGCCUUCAGUAUCACAUGCCCGUUUGGACUCAUUUGUUGCUGCUUGUUGGCGAGCAACAGCGAGAGACAGGGACAGAGACAGAGAGAGACAAAGAGAGGGAGGGGACGUUUAGUUGAAGUGGCACCGUAAUCUUACUUUAGCCGGCGCUGUGUUUCGCACAGAGGACUUGUCUUGUAGUUCUACGAUAGUGAUGAAGAUGAAUAUAUUUUUGUAGCAUGAUGUCAAUUCCCCUUCCGAGAAAAACAAACAGAAAACUAACACAAAUGUGUAAAGAAUGCUUUUGCUUUUGUCUUGAACAUUGCUUGCUUUUUUAAAAUUCAUUUAGAAAAGACACACACUUUAAAUACACGAUUCUUCGCUGAUGUGGCACGUUUAGGUUUCCGAACAGUCCAUUUUAAAUUAUGUUAAUGUAGCAAUAUUAAUUAGCAAGGGCUUUUCUUAGGGAACUGAACCUGACACUCGGUCUAGGGGGUGAUAUCCAUUGUAGCUUUACAUUGAGCCCUCCUACUUGUAGUUUCAUCGGUAUGCUGUACAUCGAAAGAAUCCAGGAAUUAUUUAAAUUUGGUCAAAGAUAUCAACGCAUUGUAGAUCCAUCCUGGGAUUGUGAAGCAUUUGGGUCCCACUCUCAUCUUUGUUCUGCAAAAUCUCCACAGCUCUUGUCGUAGAGUGCGUGUGCAUUGUAUUGCAUUAUAGACUUUGGGUUGUGCUUUUUUUUUUAUGAAUAUGGUUUACGGGGCACUGAACAGGCCAAAAGCAUGUAAAAAUAAACUCUGUGUGUUUGUGCGCUCAGUCGAAGAGAUCACACUACCGCCAGAGGGAAUCGAAAUAGACAUUAGUGGUUGUUGCUAUUGUUAUUAUUUGCAUCAUAAUUAUUGAACCUAUCCCCUAAUGGCAGAUGUCUUUGCAGGCACAUGCCAGCAGUCCACUGUUCACACACACUUAACCUACAAGCAGAGGGUCAGGGAACUGCAGAGUUCAGGGUGAAGAGUUGUAUAAAGAUUAUUUGAAUUCUAAACUAUUGUAUGUAUGUUUAUUAUCAUGAAGAAAAAACUUAUAUAUAUACAUAUGUAAAAUACAUAAUGCAUACAGUAUUUGAUUAUAUUAAUGAAGAUAUUAGCUAAGAUGAUGAUGAAUAUUGUUUGUAUUAUCAACCUAUUGUUAUGCAUUUUGCACAUUUAGAAGAACAAUAACAUUUACAUUUAUGUAGUCAGCUUUGUGCUAUGCAAGGACAGCUUUGAACCACAUCAUUGACCUUCUUUCCCUCAUCAUUGUGUUUCAGAUUCCCAAGUUAUUAUGAAAAAAAAAAGGAAAUAAAAAACAAUGGCUUGGCUUUUGUAUCAGCUGUGCAAACCAUUAGCUUUUUUUCAAACCAUGGCUAAACAGGGUGACAACAUAGAAAACAGUGGAUUAUCUCUUUAUGUUUGUGCUUUGGAUUUUUGUCAAUGGUUGAGGGGAAAAUGGCUUUCAUGGUUGAUUGCACUUUUUCUCUAGGGACAAGCAAUAAAGUGACUGAACUGAGAAAUCAGGAGCAAAACUAUGGCAAGAUCACUUUAUUGACAAUAUUUCUGUUCACUCCUUGAGCUUGUUAGGCAUGACAAAAACAUGUUAUUUUGCUAAAUGGAUUUUUGUUUUUGGCAAAUUUGUUUUCCUUUUGGUUUCCAAAGCUCAAUGAUAUUACAGGGAGCGCCACAGAGUUGGACUUCGACAAGAGAAAAGUGAAUUUUGCACGCUUUUCUGCUGGGAAUGUUUUUUUGAUAAGUCCCUAUCUUGCACUCCAUGCAGGAUCAAAUAACAAAUGCUACAGACCAUUUACAAAUAUUUUGAGCCUGGUCUGGUUUUGCAACACUGAACGCUCCAGAGAGAGGGAAUGUGAAAUAUGAGGCACAGUGCAAUCAUGAGCUUCCAACUUUUACCUUCACACUCAUGUGCACAGCAUACAUGUAAAUAUCACAUUUGUUGGCACAUCAGUCAUUUAUUUCCUUCUGUUUGAUGCAAGGUCCAUUGCAGUUCUCAGCAGCACUUGCUUUUCAACACUGAGUUUUUGGUUAUUCUUAAAUACCUACUGGAGGUUUUUCUUGUAUUUUUAUCAAGCAAAAUAUGUUCUGAUUUUCACUGAAAUGUAAAAAAAACCAACUAAUUUUCUAAAGCACAAAAGUUGACUAGAGAAAAAGAAGUUAGAGUGAGACUAUAAAUAUAUAUAUAUAUUCAUGUAUAUAUAUAUAUAUAUAUAUAUUUGGACAUCAACAUCCAUACACUUUCACAGUGCACACAAACAUACAUACCUGCAUACUGUACACAGGAAUGUGUUCAAAGUUCAGUGAAACGGACUAAGGGUUCUGAUGGAUGUAGAUGAAAUGGUGAACCUUCUGUAAAUGUUUUCGUUUGUUUCUUUUGGUUAUGAUAUGGCCCUGUAGAAUCUGAUUCUCUGCAUUAGUCUUUAAAUAAAAAGAAAACAAAUGAAA